UCUCCUCGUGGCUGGUUCAGAAAGAAGGCGCUAGUCCUCUGAAACUUGAGAUCGGUUUUUUAGAACUACGAGCCCGAGACCCUCCCCCCACAGGACCGCACAGGCUUUUAAAGCGGCCCCUGGGAAGCCACUCACCGUCAGAGACGGCUGGAGCUGAGGCUGCGCCAUCGUCACCGUCGGCGGCCAUGACACCGAGGUCCCUCGCUUGUAUAGUCAGUGUGCACGCGGGACUUCCUCUUCGUCUCCUCACUCCGCUCCUGCAGUCGGGGACGGGGCGGAGCUUCGCCCCCGGAGUCGCCGACCGGUCGGACUUCCGUUCAGACCUCCCGGGUCUGGCGCGGUGGAGCCAGCCUGGCGCGCGCUAGGAGCCUAUUGGCUGGCGUAGACCGGUUUACCGCCCGGAUUGGCCGGAGCCACGCCCCCUGGAGUUCGUCUGGGAGCUGGGCGCUGGAGAUCGCGCAGGAGUCAAUCAUGAGGAAGCCACGAGCAGCUGUGGGAAGUCGAAGUCGUUGCAGGAAGCAGGCAUCCAGCCAGGAGGGAAGGGAGAAACGUGCCCUCAGCAGCAGCCAGGCCAAACCGUCUGCACCUGACGGCCUGGCCAGGCAGCAGGAGGAGGUGAGAUUGCAGGCCCCUGUCUCCCCGUACCAUCUAUUCAGAGACACAGCUGAGGUGACAGUCUUCCAGAAGAGCCUGCUGAGCUGGUAUGACCGAGAGAAGCGGGACCUACCCUGGAGAAGGCGGGUGGAGGGUGAGGUGGACCUGGACAGGCGGGCAUACGCUGUGUGGGUCUCAGAGGUCAUGCUGCAGCAGACCCAGGUUGCCACGGUGAUCGACUAUUAUAACCGAUGGAUGCAGAAGUGGCCAACGCUGCAGGACCUGGCCAGUGCUUCCCUGGAGGAGGUAAACCAGCUCUGGGCUGGCCUGGGCUAUUAUUCUCGAGGCCGGCGGCUACAGGAAGGAGCCCGGAAGGUGGUAGAGGAGCUAGGGGGCCACAUGCCACGUACAGCAGAGACCCUGCAGUGGCUCCUGCCUGGUGUGGGGCGGUACACAGCCAGAGCCAUUGCUUCCAUUGCCUUUGGCCAGGCAACCGGUGUGGUGGACGGGAACGUAAUACGGGUGCUAUGCCGUGUCCGAGCCAUUGGUGCUGAUCCCAGCAGCACCCUUGUUUCCCAGCAGCUCUGGAGCCUAGCCCAGCAGCUGGUGGAGCCAGCCCGGCCAGGAGACUUUAAUCAAGCAGCCAUGGAGCUGGGGGCCACAGUGUGUACCCCGCAGCGCCCGCUCUGCAGCCAGUGCCCUGUGCAGAGCCUGUGCCGGGCACACCAGAGGGUGGAGCGGGAGCAGCUCUCAGCCUCACGGAGCCCGCCAGGCAGUCGUGACGUGGAGGAGUGUGCUCCCAACACUGGACAGUGCCAGCUGUGUGCGCCUCCCACAGAGCCCUGGGACCAGACCCUGGGAGUGGCCAACUUUCCCAGAAAGGUCAGUCGCAGGCCCCCCAGGGAGGAGUGCUCUGCCACCUGUGUUCUGGAGCAGCCCAGGGCCCUUGGGGGUGCCCGAAUUCUGCUGGUGCAGAGGCCCAACUCAGGUCUGCUGGCAGGACUGUGGGAGUUCCCAUCUGUGACCGCAGAGCCCUCAGGGCAGCACCAGCGCAAGGCCCUGCUGCAGGAACUGCAGAGUUGGGUUGGGCCCGUCCCGGCCACCCGCCUUCGGCACCUGGGACAGGUGGUCCACACCUUCUCUCACAUCAAGCUGACAUAUCAAGUAUACGGUCUGGCCCUGGAAGAACAGACCCCAGUGGCCAUUGUACCACCUGGAGCUCGCUGGCUGACCCGGGAGGAGUUUCACACCGCUGCUGUCUCCACCGCCAUGAAAAAGGCACUACCUUUGUUGUCUUCGUUGUACUUUUUGUGUUUCCUACAUGUUCUAAGUGAACCUGUUACUAUGUGUUCCGUGUAUACGAGGGCCAACAGCCAGGGACCUGCAAGGGUUCCAAAAGAUCCCAGGUGUCCACCCUGUCCAGAUGGAAAAAGCCCAGCGCAGGCCAGCAAGUCCUGGAUAGUUUCUUUCGGCCCCACAUCCCCUGCUGAUGCACCCAGCCUCAACAGUGCAACACAGUGAUGCCUCUGGAAGCCCCCACCCCCUGAGAAUCCUGUUUAAUAAAGUGCUGAUUUUUGUAGUCA